AUGUUUUUGCCUGUGAACAUAUGAUUUACAUAAGUACGUAUAUUUGUUUGUUAUGUAGUUAGAAGCUACGAAAAGUUUAUACGUAUUUUGUUGUGAAAUAUUGAAGAAAGUGUGAGCAUUAAAGCCAAGGCUAAAAUCUAUAAUUACUAAAUUAAAUAUGGGAAAAGAGGAAGUUGCCCUUCCAGAUGAAGAAUUAGACUGGAUUCAGCUGCGUCGUGAUUUCGGCUCAUUCCAGGCCGAAACGACCAAAGAGAAAAUGAUACGCAAAAUAAAAGAAAACCCGGCUGUGCCGAUUGGUUGUUUGACUACCGCCGGCGCGUUAACCUAUGGGCUGUAUAACUUUCGCACCGGGAAUCGCCGUAUGUCUCAAAUAAUGAUGCGAACCCGCAUUGCUGCACAAGGGUUCACGGUACUCGCGUUAGUUAUCGGUGUAGUCAUGACGUAUGAUACCAAGCAAUAAAGUGACUCGGUUGGUCAAUCAGAAACAAGAAGUUUGGUUUAUCCGCAGUACACCACCAUUGUUAUAUGUAUUAUAUUCAUAUUUUAUAAUACGGAAGUCUAUACACAGCACAGAAUGCAAUACUAUAGAUUCAUUUAUAAUAGAUACUUCUAAUCCUUUGUUUAUAUUAAAGCAUGUGUGCAAAAGCUAAAAAGUUGGUAUGUGUGCCGUUUUCGUAUGAAACCAAAUAAAAUUAUAUUACACUGCUAUUUUUAAA